ACUAGAAAGGGGAUCUUUUUUGGUCAGUUAUAUAUUUUUGGCCUGAAUUAAGAGACGUGACAAGAGCUAAUUACUUGUAUCCUUCCCUUUGUUUGGCUGCAGCCUUUGUGUCUCCCAUACUUUAUACAUAUGGAACCAUCCCAGCAUAUGCUGGCCCCUUCAGCUUCUUGCAGAUCUUCUCCAUCAAAGUCAUGGAGAAUGAAAUGUGGAGAAUCAGGUGGCCAGUGGAGGUAUAUGGCUUCAUUGCCGCUCGAGACAAUUUGGAUCGCAAUCGCAACCUUCUGUUCAGCCAGACAAGGGAUGACCCCCAAAUUCUCACUCAACAGGAUUCAUUUUUGCAGUUGACUGGCCCGCGCCGCCCAAUUGCGUUGAUCGACCCUGUUGUCUUUGAGAUUCAACUAAAAGUGAAGGGCACAGCAGAGUGUGAAGAUGAAACAUUGAUGGAUCGAGCGUUUGAAUAUGGAUAUGGUUUUGGAGAAUAUGGUGAGCUUGCCCGUCGUCCUUGGGCUGGUAAUUUUUGCACACUAGAGAUCACCUCUGCGCUACUUUCCAGAACGGUUGCAGCCACUUUCAUCUCCGCUGAUGUUAUUAAAGGGUCAUGGCCUGUUGAUUACAGAGGUCGUGUGGUUGCCCGUACUGCUGACAUAGAUGAGGAUUUUGUGCUGCUUGAUUCCGGAGAAGGACGUCUGCAAGUGAAUCCAGACGGUCGUAUUGUCCUUCAAAGGGGUGUUGUCUGUGUGGAACAUGAGGGAAUGCUCACAGUUUCCGUGGAAGCCUACUCAGAGGCAGGUACUUGUCGUGCAGAUUGUGUUGAAUUCAAGCCCCAAAAAUCCCUCACAAGUGAUGGUACUUGCAACCUUGGUUUCUGCACGGUGCAGUUUAUUGUUGGUUGGUCCCCCAUGGCAAGAAAGUAUGAUAUGAUGUACGAUGGCAACUGAGUUCAACUGCAUCGGUUUGUCAUCCCCAUCCCAGUAGCAUGCCGUAGAUGUCCAGCUAAUUAACUAGUUAUGAUUGGUCAAGUGUGCAAACUGUUUAGAAAUCAUGUUAUGUCUAGCGUCCAGACUAUUUAAAGGCCAUGUCAUGUUUGGUGAAGUGCCAAGUGGCACACUAUGGUUCAGCUUUUGGCAAACCACUCAUAUAUUAGCAGGUGCGGCCAGUCUCUGAAGCUUUA